AUGUCUUCAGUUCAGCCUCAGAGAGAGUUGAUCAGCGAGCAGGAGACUCCUGCUGAAGAAGCUUUAUCAGAGUUUAAAGAAAUCAUCGUCAAGGCUGAGGAGGAGAGCGACGAUCCGUGCAGGCACUUACCAGUGCUUUGUGUUGUAAAGAAGGAGGUUCUUGUCCAAGAGCGUCGCUUUGACCCAGAAAGGAUCUCCCACUUGGACCUCGAGGAAGCAGAAUUACUGAUGAAAAAGGAAGAGUGGGAGAAGAAACUGGAAAAGCAACAGAUAAAAAAAGAGCAGAAGGAUAUAUCAUAUCAUGAGCAGGAGGAGAUAUCAUAUCAUGAGAUAAAAGAAGAGCAAGAAGAGCUCGAACAUCAGAUGAUAAAAGAAGAGCAGGACAGUCCGGAUAAAGAGAAAGUCGUGGUGAAGUUGGAGACUGAUAUCUUCACGGUGACUCCUACAAGUGAUGACAAAUAUCACACAGAAUUAAACAGAAAUCUACUUAUGUCUCAGGACUCUAUUGAUGCUCAGAACCAGGAUAACGAAGGAAACAGUUCUAAUUAUUCAGGAUCAAAUGAAGAUGAACAGCUGAAGAGAAAUGAGAGCUGCUGGAAAUCUGGACAGCAUGACGGCAAUGCUGAUGGUACAAAACAAAAUGGCCUCCACAAAACUCAGGAUAGAGAUUUGUAUUCUUGUAUAAUUUGUGAGAAAAACUUUUCUGAAAACAGUUUACUAACUAAGCACAUGAAAAUUCACACAGAUGAGAGACUUUAUUCAUGCAAGGUUUGUGGAAAGAUUUCCAGCCAAAAAGGCCACUUAACUGCUCACCUCAGGACUCACACAGGUGAGAAGCCUUUCGCAUGCAAGAUUUGUGGAAAAGCUUUCAGUCAAAAAGGUACAUUAACUGAUCACAUGAGCCUUCACACAGGCGAGAGGCCUUUUUUCUGCAAGAUUUGUGGAAAAAGUUUUCGUUUAAGAGGUGCUUUGCGUUGUCACAUGAUAACCCACACAGGGGAGAAGCGUUUCACUUGUGAGGUUUGUUUAAAAACCUUUAGUCGAAACGGCCGUUUAACUCUUCACAUGAAAAGUCACACAGGUGAAAAGCCUUUCUCAUGCAACAUUUGUGGAGAUGGUUUCUGCGAAAAAGAAAUUUUAACUGAUCACUUGAAAACGCACACUGGUGUGAGGCCUUUCACUUGUAAGAUUUGUGGGAAAGGUUUUAGUCGAAAAGGUGGUUUAGCGAUUCACAUGACAAUUCACACGGGUGAGAAGCGUUUCUCGUGUGCGAUUUGUGGAAAGGGUUAUUGUAAAAAAGAUUUGCUUAAAGUUCACAUGAGAAUCCACACAGGUGAGAGGCCUUUUUCGUGCACGAUUUGUGAAAAAACUUACAUUCGAAAAGGUCAAUUAACAGAUCACAUGAAAACUCACACAGACGAAAGGCCUUAUUCAUGCACAUGGUGUGGAAAAAGUUUCCAUUACAAGAUUAGUUUAACUGAACACGUAAAUAUUCACACAGGUGAGAAGCCUUACUCUUGCAUAUAUUGUGAAAAACGUUUCCGUUUAAAUGUAAUUUAAGUGUUCACAUG